CCAGUUGAGUUCCUUCACUGAACACGCAACAAAUCCCCAAGAUGAAGUUCCUGAUCAUCCUUGCCCUGGCCGUGGCCGCCUCCGCUUUCCCGGAAGCCGAGCUGCACCACCGUAGCCGCGAGAUGCCCGUGGUUGGAGACAUCCAGGGUCGCAUCACCGGAGGAUCGACCGCCGCCGUCGGCCAGUUCCCCUACCAGGUGGGACUCUCCCUCAAGCUGAGCGCUCUGUCCAGCGCCUGGUGCGGUGGCUCCCUGAUCGGCAGCCAAUGGGUUCUGACCGCUGCCCACUGUACCGAUGGAGUUCAGUCCGUGUCCGUCUACCUGGGCGCCACCGUGCGCACCGCCCCCGAGAUUACCGUCACCGCCUCGUCCAUCAUCAUCCACUCCGGCUGGAACAGCGCCAACCUGCGCAACGACAUCUCCCUGCUCAAGAUCCCCGCCGUCUCGUACAGCACCAAAAUCCAGCCCGUCACCCUGCCCUCCGUCGCCAGCAGCUACUCCACCUACGCCGGUGAGACCGCCGUCGCCUCCGGAUGGGGACGCACCAGCGACUCCUCCUCCUCGGUGGCCAGCAACCUGCAGUACGUCGACCUGACCGUCAUCACCAACACCGUGUGCGCCAACACCUACGGCUCCUCGAUCGUGACCGCCUCGAACAUCUGCGUGUCCACCACCAACGGCAGGUCCACCUGCAACGGCGACUCCGGCGGCCCCCUGGUCCUCAAGAGCAACAGCGUCCAGAUCGGUCUGACCUCCUUCGGUGCCUCCGCCGGUUGCGAGAAGGGCUACCCCGCCGCCUUCACCCGCGUGACCAGCUACCUGGACUGGAUCAAGAGCAACACUGGCAUCUAAAAAGGAUCCGUCAGGGACUUUCAUCCUGCACUUAAAUAAAAAAUGUUUCUAUCGAA